AAGCGAGCAUACACCGGCAAAUCUACUGGCGCGUCUGCCAAGAAACAAGCUGUCGACGAACCCAUUGCCUCUUGGGAUCUCUCUGAAUUACGACGCGUCCAAGUCAAAGACUUUAAAGGCAAGACUUUGGUGCAUAUCCGCGAGUUUUACCGCGACAAGGAGACGGAUGAGCUCAAGUAUGGAAAGACGGGCAUUGCAUUGACUGUGGAGCAGUGGGGCAAACUGAGUGCCAUUUGCAAAGAGGUGGACGCAGUGUUGAAGCCAGAGGGUAAGGAGCAAGAGGAAGAA